UGGUCACUUACUCCACUGAAGGCCAAGGGGAGAACGCGGAGGUGCCGCUAAACCUCAUCCCGACACAGCUGUUCGCUGAAGACGUGAGCGAUCACAUGAAGCAGUCGGUCUUUCAGGACACCUUCCAGGGAAACAUGGAACAGUCCUGGGCAAGAAGACAAGCCAACGUGAACACCUUCUACUCCAGUUUUGGGGCUGCAGCGGUAGGACACAAGGCCAUGGAAGUGCAUGACAGCAUCGCUUUACCGGACCACCUGAUCGCCCAAUACUACCAACAGAAGGUGUACAGCGAAGGUGGCGGAGGCAGUCUGGCGGAGAAGGAUGCUCUUUUGAAGUACAAUUUUGAGGGCCAAGGCUCCUCAGCCGGCUCGGUGGGCUGCUGCAGCCUCCUGGAGAACGACAAUGACCUGCAGUUCCUCGACAACCUCGACGCCAAGUUCAAGGCCCUGGCGGAAGUGUGCCGCGGCCGCAAGUUCGGAGCAAAUGUCAUUCCACCACCAACAAAGGUCAUGACUGGACCAAGGCCGGAACUCCCGAAGUUACCUCCACUUGUCCCCGUGGUAGACCAGACUGUGACUCAAGUGGCGAAGGAAAACAUGACUUGGCGGAACCAAGGGAUUACUGCAAUGAAGGCAGGGAUGGAAAACCAAGGCCAGAUGUUCUUGUUACAGCAGCAGCAGCCUGUCUAUUACACCGCUGCCACUCCCAUUCAGUACGUAGUCCAACCACAAGUCCAGAACACCAUGCUGCUGGCUGAGGCACCAGCUACCAGUCUCCAGGGCGUAGUUCUGGCAGCACCUGCCCAAGGCAUGUUAGUAUCUGGCGGACACACCAAGGAUGCCGGCAUGGUGCUGGUUGAGAACCCCAAGGUCCAGACCAAGAUCCACAGCAGACAUCAUCCCAGCCUCCAGAACAUGGUGGUGGUAGAAAGCAAGCGCCCUGUAGGAUCUGUAAAAGUUCUCAGGGGGAGCCAAACCUCACCUAUGCAAGCAGGUGGAGAAGCUGAAUGGAUUUCUAGACCUCAGAAUGUCCGUUUUGUGGAAGGGUCAUCAACCAUACAUGAAGCUGGAAAUAUGUCCCUGAACAGGAACACCUCUGGAUCUGUAAAGUCCUUCAACAUCAAAAGCACCAUCACCAAGUCCACCGGACCUCAGAUGGCUUCUCCCAGAAUCCCAAUCUACCGCAAUUAAUGGCUAUGAGAUGUUCCCAUUGCAGACGCCACUUGGAUACUAUUCCCAUUUGGAUUUUGAGCCAUUCCUGCUGACUUGCUUCCUGUGCAAUGAACUGAACUUAAAGAACAUAUUUCCUCUUUCUUUGUAUGUAAAAAGUAUGGUUUUUUUUUUUUUAUGAGGCACUUUGCUAUCAGGCAUUGAGCCGCCCUCCCCUACUCUUUAAGAACUGGAGCGCCUCGCUGUCUCAUGGUUGUGCAAGUUGCUCGUUGCCUGUUAGCUAGCUGGUGGCUUGCGCCUCUUGCCGCAUUGUGGAUGACCUCCAUGACAACCCGUCGAAACAUAUUUUUCAUUUUAUUGUUUAUUUGAAAGGAACCAUGCGCACCGACGAACACCGCUACAAUACCUGCGUAAAAGUAUCCAAGUUAGCAUACGGCUAAUUUACAUUCGUAAUCCCUUGGCAGGUAACAUAAAACAAAGACAAGAGCAGCCGGAGGCUUUAUGCAGAUAUAAUUCCGGGUCUCAAACAGGUAGCGACUCGUAGGUGUAAGAAAGACGCGAGAGAAAGUUGCAUCCCUUUUUCAGGCCACGGUAUUUGUAUUUGAUUGACAUUUGAGCGGGCCGUGGUUUGUUUCAGGGCAUUCAGUUGGGCAAGGCAAGGAUUUUGAAGCCUCGUUUUAUUGACUCGGCAAUGUUUUUAACAAUUCAAAUUUCACAGGGCUCUCGAAUUUGCAAGGGAGAUUUAUUUUCACUAUACAGGGACUUAAACUGGUUGGGCUCAAAAGACGUGAUCUCCAGGUGUGAAAGCACACUUUCAUUAUGUUGCUUUGCACUCAGACAAAAAGUCAAGACCUGAAUAAAUACUUUUGAUGGAAGCAGUUUGAGGAAAAUGACAUGAAUGCACCAAAUAAAAUCUCAUACUUAAAUGAGAAAAUAAUAAAAUGUUUGGUGUUUCAUCACCCCAUGAUAAUUCAACAACAACAACAAAGUCCCAGAAUUCAUAUUUGAAAAGAGAAAUAAAACGAACAAAUGCGGAAAUAAAUUUUCAUGAACCAUUUUUAGGGUAUUAGAAACACACCAUUUUAGCCGCUGCAUAUGUAAGAUUCAUUCCAGUCGUUGAAAUGGUGAGCUAAAGUGAACAGUGAAUAAAAGAAAUCACCUGGCCACGUAUACAAAACAAGCGAAGAGCACUUUGGGUGUGUCUGCCGAGAUUGUGUGUGCCUGUGCAUGUGUGGGCCUUCGUUGCGGAACCGGUUUUCAACCCCCAACACACGCACACGCACACACACACACAAACUCGCCGCCACUUUUUCUCGCUGUCACUCGAUUAAAUAACUCGACAUGAUGCUUCCUCAUUAUUCAGAAAUGUAUCUGCUCAUUUGGUGAAAUGAAUAAACGUAAAUGUCAUUUAUGUC